CAUGCCCAGGCCAACGGCCCUUCCCACAAACACUUUCGUCAGUCAAAAUGGCUGCGUCCUUGAGCUGUCGGAGUGUGACGUUAUCGAACGCGCUUGCCAGAGUCGGCACUUCGAUAUGCAUCAACUCUGGAACACGAACACUUCAUGUCACUGCAAUAUGCUGCAAGAAUCGGGCAGCCCGUAUCCGAGUGGGGAAAGGAGACCGACCACUGACCUAUGAGCAAGCCCUCCAUCCCCACCACAUAGGCCACCGCAAGGGCUGGCUUUCCCAGCACACUAGUAACUUACAGGGAGAGGGAGGAGCAUCAGAUCGUACAGUAGAGGACGUGUUCGUGCGGCGUUUCCUCUUUGGCACCUUCCAUAACUGCCUGGCCAAUGAGAUUGUGAUAAAGCGGCGAGGGAACAUGCUGGUGGUGUGUGCCCUGAUGCUGCAGAAACUCCCUCCUCAGAAGUUCUACUUCCUUAUUGGCUACUCAGAGACGCUGCUCUCCCACUUCUACAAGUGUCCCGUCAAGAUGCAGGUCCAGACCUUAGCGGACAAGGCUGUCUACAAGUACCUCUGAGGAGGAACAGGAACUGCGGACAGGAGACUGGUCAUAUAGGACUUUGUGGAAGGACUUAGACACAAUAGUUACGAUUGUUAAAGCUACAUUCUGGGAACAGAAAAACAACAAAAUGGCUGCCCCACGGCUUGUUUUGGUAUAUAGCUGAGGGAUGAGGUUAGGAAACUAACCCCUCUCAUAGAUCACGCUCUAGAUGCAUGGACUGACUCACUGACAGUACAUGACAUCCACAUGAUAGUUUUAAACAUAUUGAGGGGUUUACGUUCUUGUUUGUAAUCAAUGAAUAAAACCUUAUAUUUUGGAUUACAAUAGAGUAUGUUGGGAUAGGCUCAUGAGGCUAUAUAAGUUAUAUUCUUCAAGAGUCAAUGGGUAAGUGUCAAGACUUGAAAUGACCAUUUACCAGAUUCCCAGAUCCCAGACUGUAGCUUUAAAGUCAUCCUGGCUGAAAAAUGUAAAUAUUUGAACUUAAAUAUUUGAAUGUGUCUAUUGAAAUCUCUUUUCACAUGGAAUGCCUUGCAUUUAUUUACUGUGGUGUUAAACAACUGCCUCAGAGCUGGCUGUUCACAGAAGGAAGGAAUACACAGGUUAGCUGACAACGUCACGAAAACUAUGCACGUGAUUCAAUGGGGCUGAAGUCUGUGAUUCCGGAUGAGCAGAUGGCUAGCAACAAUGACAAUAAGAUGCCAUGUGGGGAAUCGUCGCUGGCUAGUUUUAUCUUGUUCUUUAUACCAUGUCUUGUUUUGACUGAUGUCAUGCCUAUGCUAAUAUGGCUCAAAUCUGCUAGUUAGCUAACCAACAACUGUAACAAUGUAUUUGAGAGAUAAGUUGAGAGAUAAGUGCUCAUUGUGCAAAUGUACUUAUGUUUUCAAUAAACAUUGUAGAUGA